AUGUCGAUUGAUUUCCCUGCGGAAGAAGAGCUCGUGCUCUCUCGAUGGAGGGAGAUCAAGGCGUUCGAGCGUCAGGUCGAACUGAACAAAGACAAGACGCGAUACAGUUUCAUGGAUGGACCUCCAUUCGCGACUGGUUUACCUCAUUAUGGACAUUUGCUCGCUUCCACUAUCAAGGAUGUUAUCCCCAGAUACUGGUCCAUGAAGGGCUACCAUGUUGAGCGCCGUUUUGGAUGGGAUACGCACGGCGUACCGAUCGAGUAUGAAAUCGACAAGAAGCUGGGUAUGUCCGGUCUGCAGGCGGUCCAGGAAAUCGGCAUUGAAAAGUACAACGAGGAGUGCCGUGCUAUUGUUAUGAGAUACUCUACGGAAUGGCGCCAAACCAUUGAACGUUUGGGACGCUGGAUCGAUUUCGACAAUGACUACAAGACCAUGAACCCCACAUUCAUGGAAUCUGUCUGGUGGGUAUUCAAGGAACUCUUCGAUAAGGGUCUUGUCUACCGUGGAUACCGUGUCAUGCCCUACUCGACUGCCCUCAACACCCCCCUCAGCAACUUCGAAGCGCAACAGAACUACAAGGACGUGCAGGAUCCCGCUGUUGUCGUGACAUUCCCGCUGCUGCACCAAGAGAACACUUGCUUGCUUGCAUGGACUACCACCCCGUGGACACUUCCUUCGCACGUCGCUCUUUGUGCUCACCCUGACUUCGAGUAUGUCAAGAUCUACGACGAGGCUACCAAGAAGAACUACAUCCUCCUUGAGGCUCUCCUCAAGACCAUCUACAAGGACCCCAAGAAGGCCAAGUUCCAGAUCGUCGACCGCAUCAAGGGUUCCGACAUGAAGGGAUGGAAGUACGAACCUCUCUUCGAUUAUUUCUACGAGGAAUUCAAGAACGAUGGUUUCCGUGUGGUGAAUGACACAUAUGUCACUGCUGAAGAUGGUGUUGGUAUCGUCCACCAGGCCCCAGCAUUUGACCCGCCUCCCCCUAACCCUGUCGAUCCUCAAGGCUGCUUCACCGCCGAAGUUCGGGACUUCGUGGGCCAGAAUGUCAAGGCCGCUGACAAGGGCAUCAUCAAGCACCUCAAGCAAAAUGGACGUGUCCUUGUUGACAGCCAGAUUACUCACAGUUAUCCUUUCUGUUGGCGGUCUGAUACACCUCUGAUCUACCGUGCUGUUCCAUCGUGGUUUGUGAAGGUUAAGCCUAUCAUCCCUGAUAUCCUCGAGGGCAUUGAGAAGUCCCACUGGGUCCCUUCCAACGUCAAAGAGCGCAGAUUCGCUAGUUGGAUUCGUAACGCUCAUGACUGGAAUGUUUCUCGUAACCGUUUCUGGGGAACACCACUGCCAUUGUGGGUUAGCGACGAUUUCAAGGAGGUCGUUGCUGUCGGCAGCAUUGAGCAACUCCGGGAGCUGAGCGGCUACGAAGGCGAACUUCAUGAUAUUCAUCGUGACAAGGUCGAUCAUAUUACCAUUCCCAGCAAGCAGGGCAAGGGUGUCCUUCGCCGAGUUUCUGAGGUCUUUGAUUGCUGGUUCGAGAGUGGUGCUAUGCCGUACGCCAGCCAGCAUUACCCAUUCGAAAACCAGGAACAGUUCGAACAGAGCUUCCCCGCCGACUUCAUUGCCGAGGGUCUUGAUCAAACUCGCGGUUGGUUCUAUGUCCUCUCGGUCAUCGGUGUUCACUUGCGUGGAAAGCUGCCAUACAAGAAUGUGGUUGUCAACGGUAUCGUCCUCGCUGAGGACGGCCGCAAGAUGUCAAAACGUCUGCAAAACUACCCCGACCCAUCGCUUGUGAUGAACUCUUACGGUUCCGAUGCUCUUCGUCUAUACAUGAUCAACUCUCCCGUUGUUCGUGCUGAGCCUCUGAGAUUCAAGGAGUCUGGAGUCAAGGAGAUUGUCAGCAAGGUUCUUCUUCCCUUGUGGAACAGCUACAAGUUCUUCGAGGGCCAGGUCGCUCUCUUGAAGAAGGCUAAAGAUAUUGAUUUUGUCUUUGAUCCUUCUGCAGAGCGCACCAACAAGAACGUGUUUGAUCGUUGGAUCCUGGCAAGCACUCAAAGUCUGCUCAAGUGGGUUAACCAGGAGAUGGCUGCUUACAGGCUCUACACUGUUGUCCCUCGUCUGCUCGAAUUGAUUGAUAACACCACUAACUGGUACAUUCGCUUCAACCGCAAGCGCCUCAAGGGUGAGAACGGCGUCGAUGACACAUUGCACGCCCUGAAUACUCUAUUUGAGGUUCUCUACACCCUAGUCCGAGGUCUUGCUCCUUUCACUCCUUUCAUUACCGACAACAUCUACCAGCGCCUUCUCCCUCACAUUCCUGAGGCUCUUCGCGGCGUCGACGCCCGCUGUGUUCACUUCCUUCCUUUCCCUGAAGUGCGUGAAGAGCUUUUCGAUUCUACUGUGGAAAGACGUGUCUCGCGCAUGCAGAAGGUUAUUGAGCUGGGUCGUGUGAGCCGUGAGCGCCGCGCUAUUGGUCUGAAGACACCCCUUAAGUCCCUUGUCGUCAUCCACAAUGAUCCCGUAUACCUUGAAGAUGUGAGGUCUCUUGAGAGCUACAUUUGCUCUGAAUUGAACGUGCUCGACCUUGAGCUGUCGUCCGACGAGGCCAAGUACGGCGUCAACUACAGUGUCAUGGCCGACUGGCCCACUUUGGGUAAGAAGCUGAAGAAGGAUGUCCAGAAGGUCAAGAAGGCUCUGCCUCUACUUUCCAGUGAUGACGUGAAGGGAUUCCUUCUUAACAAGAAGAUCCUUGUCGAUGGCAUUGAACUCGUCGAGGGCGACCUCGUUGUGAAGCGUGGAAUCAAGGAGGAUGAGAACUCCAAGGGAAUGGAGACCAACACUGACUCUGACGUGUUGACCAUCCUUGAUGCCAACAUUCACCCGGAGCUGGCUGAACAAGGUCUGGGUCGUGAAAUUAUCAACCGUGUCCAGCGUCUUCGCAAGGAGGCUGGUCUGGUUGCUACCGAUGACGUGAAGAUGGAAUAUACCGUUAUCUCAGACCCUGACAACAUUGGUAUCAGCGAGGCUUUCAAGUCCCAGGCUCCUGAGAUCGAGAAGGUUCUGCGCCGGCCCGUUGAAGAGAGUGCGUUCGGUGCCGAUAAGCUUCCUACCGGUGAUGAAGAGGGUACCAUCUCCCAAAAAGAAAUGGAGGUGCAAAACGCCACCUUCUUGUUGCGCCUGCUCAAGCUGUAG